GACAUAUAUUAAUACAUACACAUCAGCAAAUCAACCUGGUGCCAAGAGGAGAGAGGCCUCCACUCAUUCCAAGCUCCCCACAACCCAAUGUAAGGCAGUUUGGAGUGCUCUGCCCAUUUCAAAUAUACUUUUUAUUAUAUCCAUACAAUAGGAAUAUAUUUUUCUAUUGACCUUAGGGAGACACCCCAGGAAUUCCAAAUGGCCUUGGCUUGAGAUAGCAUUGGGCUUGGAAUUGUGCACAUAGGCAGGCACAGUCAAGCUUCAUACUUUGAGAAGUUUCAUCCUUUGGGAACGCUACUCCAAGCUAUUGUGUUUACCAUCCCAGUGAAAUUUACUUGGUUCUCUCUCUUUCAUUCUGAUUUUCUUUCUUUUUAGCCGGGGUUAGAAUUUGAAAAGGGACCAGCUUUUUGAGGCUCCAUGAACAGCUCAAACAGCCGCCUAGAGAGGCGGAAGGAACAAUGUCAUGCCAGCUGCAGUAUAAAUUACCAAUUAGAAAAGCUGUCAUGGGUGUGUUUCAUGUGAGGACAAAGCAUGAGCUGUUUACGACCAGAAGGCCAGAGGGAUGUGCGUAUGCACGCCUGCUGCUCCCAUAAAGAUAGCCUUUAUCUUUCUACUCUAAAGUGGAGAAAGCCACAAACUUUUAUUAAGAGUUUAAACUUUUUAUUUUCGAAUAGAAAGGAUGAAACUAUUAACACAAGCCAAAUAGUGUUAGCUCAAAGGGGCUUUGUAAAAAUUAAAAAAAUAUCAGUUUAUAGUUAUUUGGGGUCUGUUGAAUUGCACCUCCUAAAAAGUAUUGCAUUACCUGUUUGGUGUGCUCAAUAUUGUAAUCCAUCUUAAUUGUACAAGGGAGCGGUCCUGGCUCCCGUCCAGGAGAGGUGACGCCACAGCUGCAUUCAAAGCCCUGCUGUGAAAGCCAGUCAGGCUGCAAGAUAGGGGUGGGUGGUUUCUUCCCCAUUUUGCAGAAAGAGCCAGUUCAAGCCCAUCACUGGUAGAUGAACUUGCUGAACUUGGGUCACAGUGGGUCUUCAGUCAGCUCAGCUCCGUCCCUCCCUGCCACAGAAAUAUCCCUAUUCUUUUGCCAGUGGGGAUCUCAUUGAUGGCAGUUUCCACCCAUCUUCAAUUAUGGUAGGUGUAGUUAGAAUACAUAUUGGUGGAUCCCAGAAAAUGGACACAAUUGCUGCUUCCUAACCCAUUCCAAGGUGGUGGAUUGAGCUUUAGGAUUGCUCUGUGAGGCUGCAGUCAUGUGCAUACUCAUCUGGGAGUAAGCCCUGUUGAAUAUGGUAGGAAUUACAUCUGAGUAAAUAUGCAUAGCGUCACGUUGUAAAGCAAGCGGGGAUGAAUGGAUCAGUUUAUUUCUGGUGCAUAUCAAUUUUGUGUGCUAAUUCAUAAGUCAAUUCUGUCUCAUUUUUGCAUUCCGCAGCUUUUUGCCAUCUGCAAAUUUCAUAUUUAAAUAUGUGUUUUAUAUUGGUUAUCCUAAAGUGUUUAUUUGUCCAAGUGUUUAUAUACGGCUCUCUUGCAGAACAUCAGGGCAGCAUAUAGCAAUACAAAGACCUUUAAAAGCAACACAGAACAAUCAUUAAAAUUUGCUUUGGUCGCUAGUAAUUUUAAACCACUGCAUAGGACUAUUAGCAACCCCCUGCCUCCUCCCCUGCACAGAGAACAUUGGACUGUAUGGAACUUAAUUAUUCUCAUGGUAGACCUAUUGAGAUUGAUAGACCCAAGUUAGUCAUGUCAAUUAUUUUGAAUGGGUGUCCUCUGAGUAGGGCUAACAUUAGAUGAAAUGACAUUUGAAGAAAUACGAAAUCUAAAUGAAAACUUCAUUCCAAUCACACAGUAUUCUGGAAGGUGAGGAUCAGGUAUGUUCACAUUCGUUAAAGCAAGUAACUGGGAAAUUAGAUGAGCGAAGCAAACGUAGUGAUAUGGAAUUGGUGAAACUUAUAAUAGGUACUGCUUCUUCUCUCCAGCUCCUCUCCUCUCAAUGGAAGUAGUCAGUGAUUGGGAUAUUGACCAUGCGGGCUUUGUCCAGAAAAAUUACUUUGGACUCGCAGAUACUUUAAGCUUAAAGAGCAAUAUGGUAAUUUUUGUAAAAAAUGCAUCAAGAUAGAGAAUAGUGAGCUAUGUCGUGACUCAAGCUCAUUAGCCUUACAUUUCUUAUCCUGACAGGCACAGGUACCUCCCAGUCCCAAUGCUGCCACCUUUUUAACAGGAGAUGCCUGGACUUGAAUCUCUUGUGUGCAAAACCAUGCGAUUUAAACCUUGGGCUAUGGCCCUUCUUACCUCAAAAACAGCUUUUAAAAUAUGCACUCCCCCUUUUCCCCCACCUCAGUGUGGGUGUCACAAAAUCUUCACACAAAGAAGAAAGCAAAACACAAAAAAAGGACGGCGAGGGGGUUUCGGUGGAGAGAGAAGACUACAGCUGCGUACGCCAAAGGAUGGGGUAUUGUUGGUGAAACCCAUCUGAGUAAUAGCUAGGGAAACAGGGCAAGUUGCUUUCCUGCAUUCACAUUUAGGAAAAUUAGGGUUUUCAGUAAGAUAGAAUAUUAGCAUAUUCCCCCACAGGAAGGUUGUACAGGAAAACAGGAAGCAGGUGGUAAUUACUGAUAAUGGGAUAAUUGUUGUAUUGUGUGAUCUCUACCCCUCUCCUGCCAUUUUGCUUUAGGAGCUCCCCAGAAAGAUAGUUUUAAGCAUGUUGUAUCUAAGCAACACUGCAAGCGGGGCCAUCUUUUGUUUGCCUUUUGCAAUGACUUGGGAAUGGGAUUUGCUAGCAUUGCACGUUUGCUUUACGUCCAUCUAGGACAUCCGCAGAAUGGGAAACAAUGAUUCUAUCACUUUUAUUCUUGCCUUCUUUAAACAAAACAUAGUUUACAAUAUAGCUGUUCUAGUUUGCACGUGACACUUCUAAUUUGCAUAGAAUUUGCAUGACACUCCUGUACCUAUUUUACAGAUGGGGACCAGAAUCAUUUCAGAAAGCAGCCACAGAUUUCCAGCCUAGGGAAAUCACAUGAAUCUUUCCCCUGGGAUUGGAGUUCCCCAGGGCUGCUCAUUCUGUGGUUAGACGUCACUCAACUGGCCCUGACCGUCCCACUGAAUCAUUGAAAUGUUAACAUAGCUACGUGGAAGCUACUCCUGCAUGGCUAGGGCGGUAGCUGGCAGAAAUCAAGCCUUAAGACUGGGAAGAGCCUGGUUCAAAUCUCCGCUCAGCUAUGAAGUUCGCUGAGUGACCUUGAGCCAGUUACAUUCCUUCUCUCCCUACCUCACAGGGUCACUAUACAAUGGAUGGAAGGACAGACUCAUUGGUGAUGACUGUGCACUUGCUUGCCAAAUGUGGACACGCGUUGCCCUUGCAGCAAGCCCUCAAUCAGCUUCAAGAAUGGAUCUGCCUGGACGUGCGCCUCUUCCUUGUCUCGGAACGCACUUCUCCCAUUAAGUAUUAUGAGACGUACCGCCAGAGAAGCUCCAGGUUCCCUGGGACAUCUGUCCUACUUUUCCUGCAUGAGGACUUAGGGGAAGAGCGGAUUUUCCAAGUCCACGACUUUUUCCAGCGCCCACCAUGGCAGCGAGUCCACCUGGAGAUUGCCGGCAGGAAGCUGUCCUCCCACGCCCUUGACGACCAGGACUUCUACGGGCUGGACGAGCACAUGCCCGUGUGGGGACUGAGGCAAGUUCAUUACGGCACGGAAAUCCUGCGCGUCACACUCUACUGUAGCUUUGAUAACUACGCCGAUGCAGUGAGGCUCUACGAGACGAUCCUGCAGAAGGAAGCGACGGUGCAGAAAAGCAGCUUCUGUGCCUUCGUACUGUACGUGACGGAGAGCAUUGCGGUCCAGCUCUGCUUGAAGCAGCUGCCUCUGGGAAUAUGCGUUGACUCGAAGGAGUCUUCGGUGUUGCAGUUCAAGGUGCAUGAAAUCGGACAGCUGGUGCCGCUUCUGCCUAAUCCCUGCAUUCCUAUUAGCAGCACUAGGUGGCAAACCGAAGACUACGAAGGGAACAAGAUCCUGUUUCAGGUUCAAGGCAACUCAAAGCACACUGGGAAUCAAGACUCCUCUUCCGGCUGGCACAGCCAUGAACACGAGGAAGGGCCCCUUCACUACCCCUCCAGUCCAUCUCCACUGGCCAUAAGAAAAAUUGCAGUACAGCCCAAAAACCGGACAGUUCGAGCCAUGAAGAAUAAAAGCAAAUCCUCACGAGAAGUUGCAUAUGCUCCGGGAAGUGUUUGCAGUCACUCGCCAAGCAACUUUUGCUCUUCAUCCCAGUCAUAUAGACCAGCAGGUUCUUCUCUCCAGGGCUUAGGCCGUUCUCAAACGAACUUGGCCACUAAAUUGAGACAUUCCAGUCAUGAACUCUGGCCUCAUCAAAGGGAGGAGGAGACUAAUGUUGACACAGGCAACAAAGUGAUCCUUUCCGAAUGCAGUGAUUCGCCACUAAAUAGAUUUUCACAAGACAUACAGAAAGCGCUUCUACAGUCUCAGGCAUCCUGCUGUUUGUUAACAGGAUCAGGCUCCAUGAUCAGCUUGCACUCUGAGGGCAGAAACAAUCCGUUGUCAUCACAUAUUGCCAAGAGGAAUAAAGGAUCAGGACAGGUACCAUCAAGUUUUCCCUUGGGAGCAUCCAAAACAAGCCGUGGAAAUGGAAAGGAUGAUGAUGAAGAAUUCUUUAUAUGACUUUUUAAGUAUAAAUCUUGUUCUAGAUUUUA